AUGGAAUGGAGUAGUGAUCUUGUAAGCAACAGUCGCGUGGAUGUGCAGGGUAGGAUCGCCAACAAGCGAACAACGGGAGGAUGGAAGGCGUCACCCUUUAUCAUAGUGAACGAGGUGGUGGAGAGGUUGGCGUUUUUCGCAGUAGGAGUGAAUAUGGUGAAUUACUUUAUUUCAGUAAUGCAUCAGUCGCUUCCAGACGCAGCUUCGCACGCCUCCCAGUGGGCUGGCGCUGCUUAUGUCUUUACGCUUCUCGGAGCCUUCCUUGCUGACGCUUAUUUCGGUCGCUUUCGGACUAUCCUCAUCUUCUCCUCCAGCUAUGCCAUUGGUAUGGUUAUGCUGACACUCUCAGCUUCACUAAGCAAUCUGCACCCACAGCAACACAAAGAAGCAACCAAAGACCAAAAUGCAUUCCUGUACGGUGCAUUGGCCCUCAUUGCACUGGGCACAGGUGGAAUCAAGCCAUGUGUCUCUUCCUUCGGCGCCGACCAAUUCGACGAGGGAGACGACAAAGAAGUUGUACACAAGUCUGCAUUCUUCAACUGGUUCUUCUUCGCCAUCAACACUGGCGCUCUCUUUGGAAUCACUGUACCAGUUUAUGUGCAGGAGCAGGUAGGGUGGUCUUGGGGCUUUGGAAUACCCACCAUCUUCAUGUUUUGCUCCAUUCUUAUCCUACUUCUUGGUGUCCGUUACUACCGUUUUCAAAAACCUAUGGGAAGCCCCUUCACUAGGUUUCUACAAGUCAUGGUAGCCUCCUUCAGGAACCAUCUUAAAGGAGUCAAACUAGGUAUUGAUACUCCUCUUUAUGAGGUCCAAACCCCAAACUCUAACAUCGUUGGUGCUAGUAAGCUACCGCACACUCAACAAUACAGUUUUCUUGACAAGGCUGCAGUGAUAGUGGACCCAGAAGGGACAAACAGAAGAAACAGAUGGGAGAUAUGCACAGUGACACAGGUGGAAGAGUUCAAAUCAUUCAUCAGAGUCCUUCCAGUGUGGGCAUCCACCAUUGCUCUAGCUCUGACUUAUUCUCAACAGUCAACCUUCUUCAUAAGCCAAGCAAACAUAAGCAACCGAAACCUGAGCAGCAAAUUCAUUAUCCCUGCAGGUUCUGUGCCGGUAUUCGCCGCCAUCAACGCAGUGAUAGUGGUCCCAAUCUACGAGAAGUUGGUAGUCCCAUUCCUCAGGAAGCGCACAGGGCAUCCACGUGGCCUCACAUCGCUGCAACGAAUGGGAGUGGGACUCUUCAUAUCGAUCUUUGCCAUGGCUUCAGCUGCAUUAGUGGAAAAGAAAAGACGCGAGCACUACCCCGAAAGGAAUAGCAUUAGCGUGUUCUGGUUGUUCCCUCAGUACUUCAUGAUUGGGUGUGCAGAGGUAUUCACUUACGUGGGGCAGUUGGAGUUCUUCUACGACGAAGCGACGGAUGGGACUAGAAGCAUUAGCAGUGCAAUGUUUCUGUGCGAGUUUGGGAUCGGAAGCUGGUUGAACAGUGUGUUGGUGCAGAUCAUUGAAGGUGCCACUGGUGGAGGAAACAGAGGGUGGUUGAGGAACGAUCUUAAUGCGAGUAGAUUGGAUUACUUUUAUUGGAUCGUAACUGCUUUCAAUGCUCUCAACUUCAUCGUCUACGUAUUCGUCGCCUAUUCUUACAAAGGGAAAGGGAAACCACGUACCUAG